AUGGCUGCAAAUGAUCCCAAUAUUCAUGCAGAGGAAAUUUUAGAUGAAGAUGAGUACCCCUGGCGCCAUGGAAAGCAGCCUAUGGUGAGUCCUGAUCCCGAUGAAAGAAGUGCUUCAUCCGACUCUCGGGGACCACUUGUUCCUAGGGCCAACGAGGAAAUGUACUACAAUCCCGAGAGAUAUGUCCCGAUCAUGGAACUCAAAAAUCUCCAACUGCAUAAGCAGUUAGCAGAAGCUAAAAAAUGCAACGAAGAGCAAGCUAGACUAGCUGCUGAAGCGCAGGUAGCUCAGGCCCCACCUCCGCAAGAUGCUCAGGCUCCGCCUCCGCAGGGCAUUCACGUCCCACCGCAUAGGCCUCGGGGACGGCCGUGCAAAAACGCAGCCACCCGAAGAGCGAAGCAACCUCCGCCGACAGCAGAGCAGCCUGUACAACCAAGACCCCGGAGAGGUAACCGAGCCAAAGGUGCUGCCAACCCAAUUGCAGAAGCACCAGUAGGAGUAGAGAAUAACCAAGCCCCCUCAAAGGCUCAGACCCGAAAUCCUGGUGCUACGCCGAAUGUGCCAAAGCCUGAUUUUGCAAAUUCAGGGCCUUCUUGGCCCCGUAAUGGACGACAACCACCUUCUCCAAUAAGGCAUCCACCAUCGCCAAUACGGCAUCCCUCACCAAUUCGGAGAGAUACGCAACCGGCCCAUCGCGACAGGGAAAGGCAAGCUGGGCGAAGACAUGGGAAUGAUGGAACUACUAGGGAGCGUAGGGGUCCCCAUCCCACAAGGAGCCAAUUGUCUCGGUCUUAA